AUGCGGCCGCCGGUGCAUCUGGCAAAGCUGCCACGGGGCGCUUUGAAGCCCCCGAGAAACCACACGCCCAAUCCUCCUUGUCCGCGCCAAUUCUCCUACAGGCACCCCCGCCAAUUCCUCGUUGCCCACCAGGGCUCUGCGCGGCCACAACUCCCGUUCCUAUACCCCUCCGGUCAGCACCUCUCCAACGGCCAGCUCCAGCGUCUAUUCUCCAUCAGCGCGAACCAUAAGAAAUUCAUCAAAGAGACUGCGAAACUGAGUGUGCGAUACAGCAUACUCAUCUUCCUCCUUACGUCAUGCUUCAGUAUUGCAAGUUUGGGCAUACUGAGCGAACAGCAAGAGCGGGCGUUUCCGUCGCCACAUGAAUGGAGUCUGAUCACAAGAUUCAGAUUUAGGAGAGGAAAGUGGUGGCAGGUUCCGGAAAACAACGAGGAAGAGGGGUUUCCGAAUUGGGCCCGAGUCUACUCAGAGCUGGAAUAUGCGCUGAAUCGACUGGAGAACCCAAACAAGGACGGAGCUGGUCUUGCGGAACAAGAAGAGGGAGGAAUACUGGUUCCAGGAGUAGGCAAGGCAGGCUUUGAUAUAUCGGCAAAAAGCGAUGAAUGGCGGCAAGGCUAUUACGAGGUACUCAUGGGCAUGGCCAGUGCCGCAGAGCGACUGGAUGGAUGGGUUACAGACAAGUGGAGAAGGAAUGUCUGGGCACCAGAGUUCGUUCCAUCCGCCACAAAUCCGCGACCGAAGGCUGUGCUUCCUGGAAUGCCAGAAGUACCUGACGAAGAGCAUCGUGUGCCAGCUGCUGAAGCGCCCGAGUCCUUCUACCUCAAGAUCAUCACAUCCAAGGGAUUCACUACAUACCAAAGGUUGUCCGCUGCUUUGGGGUAUGCCGACUGGCUCAGCUUCCGAAGGCUGCCAGACUCUGCUGAAGAGAUGUACAGAUGGGCAUUAGAUAUUGCCAUCGAUGGCCUCCCAACCUCAGAGCCUUCUACAGUCAUUGAUCGAGAGACUGGUGUCCUAUCUUCCACCGCACCAAAGAACUCAAUCACACCUAAUGCAGUCUAUGCUGCUACAAACCUGGCUAUAUUCUUUGCUGAGCAAAGAAGAAUCGCAUCCGCAUUACCAAUCUUUGUGUCUCUACUCCGGGCUCGUAUCGGCGCAGACGAGGCGCGUAUACCCACCAUUGCACCACGAAAGGAUUCAAGUUUGGUAGGCACAUUGGUCAGUCUUCUCCGCGAGCCAGAUUACCCUCCGGUUCCGUCCUCCGGAGACGAACCUUUUCUGCGCAAAGAAAGUGACCGCUGUGAGGAAGCUGCGCUUAAGAACUACAUUGGUGAAAUACUCUUCGCGACUGCAGGGUCAUCUUCUACCCAGCGUCAACAGGGCCUUUCUUGGGUCCGUGACGGAGUCUCAACUUCCAAGGUUGCGCAAUCUCUAGGUGCUAUACGCUCUAAUGAUGAUCUUCGCAAGAAAUGUGAAAAGUGCGAGGAGGUUGGCCUGGAAUCCUGGGGAAAAAUCAUGACUUAUCUUGCUGCCGAAGCUAGGGAGAAGCGCGAUAAGGCAAAGAAUGGAGGUUUGGCAAGUUUGAUGUGGAAAGUCAAAGGGACUAAAACGCUAGAUGAGGAAGUGGAGAAACUGGAAGGCGAGGAAGAAGGCGUCACACUCAGGCUGAACAAACUGAGAAGCAAGAUGCUGAAGGAAGAGUACGAAGAGAUGGAUCGCAAGUAUGCACGGACUUUUGUAUUCUAG